CCGCCCAUCUGCGGGCGGGCUGGCGCCGUCACGUGGCGCGGCGCUUCCUUUCUCUGUGCUCCUCUCUUUCCUUCCUCGGCCGCCAUCUUGUUCUCGCCGCGUGUUGGCAGCGGGGGCUCCGCCGCGCUCAGAGGUAGCACUAUGAACCAAGAAAAACUGGCCAAGCUUCAAGCGCAGGUCCGAAUAGGAGGAAAGGGAACAGCUCGCAGAAAGAAGAAGGUGGUGCACAGAACAGCUACAGCUGAUGACAAAAAACUUCAGAGUUCCCUCAAAAAACUGGCUGUAAAUAACAUUGCUGGCAUUGAAGAGGUGAACAUGAUAAAAGAUGAUGGAACAGUUAUUCACUUCAACAACCCCAAGGUUCAAGCUUCCCUCUCUGCCAACACUUUUGCAAUUACUGGUCAUGCAGAGGCUAAACCGAUCACAGAAAUGCUUCCAGGCAUCCUAAGCCAGCUUGGUGCUGACAGCUUAACAAGUCUCAGGAAGUUAGCUGAACAAUUCCCAAGACAAGUGUUGGAUAGUAAAGCACCAAAAUCUGAAGAUAUUGAUGAAGAAGAUGAUGAUGUCCCAGAUCUCGUAGAAAAUUUUGAUGAAGCGUCAAAGAAUGAAGCUAACUAAAACAUUAAUAGUUCUGGAAGCUGGCAUGGACUAGAUUUAAGAAAUCAGCUAUGUGGUUCCAAAGUUUUAAAGAAACAGAGAACAUCAUCUGUUAAUAGUUCAGUAAUAUAAAUAUUUUGUAUUUUUAUGAUGCUGUUUGUUCAGCAUUUUCUGUCAGUUGAUUUUGCAUUUUGCACUUACUCCCAGGAUCUACUCUUUUGGUCAAAAAGAAAUGUCAGUGCAGUUUGAGGGGUGUGUGUAUGUGUGUGGGUGUACAUAUAGUGGAGAACAAAUUGGAGAACACAUAUUUAACCAUUUACCCUUUUCCUUUGGAAAUAGAAAUAAAAUGAAUCUUCAGCAUCAUUACUUUGAUUAUCACCAAAUGGUGCACAGAGGGAGUUAAGAUUAACGUAUUGUCCACGUUUUGUGACCUGAAGGCAUUACACCAUUAAAACUUGGGGUUAAUUUGCUGUAACUAUUGUACUUGCAGGUGUGUUUCUCAGUGUACACAUAUUUGUUAUCAACCUUGUGUUGAUCCCAGGAUUUAGGGGAGAUAAGCUGUUUUAGCAGCUUGUUUGGUACAGUAACUUUUUAAAAACUUGGUCUCAUCAAAGUGUGCUUUUUUAACCUUUUUCAAUUUUUUUUUUUUUUUUUUUUUUUUGGUCUCUGAAGUUUUGAUACAAGCUGAUAUUUGACUCCUUCCAUGUAGACUUAGCAGUAUGUUCUCCUGUUGGAUACUAAAGUAUUUCCCAGUCAAAAGAAAAACACCUUGGUUCUCUACUGUCGGGUCGCUUCCUAAGCUUGGAGGUCUGGUUGGUAACAGUCCAGUGCACCAGUUUUGCACAGUAACAGGUUUUUGCUUGAAUAACUUCAAGCUGUUCUCUUGGCAUGACUGCAUUUACUAGCAGCUGAUGAUCCACUGUCAUUCUUAGGGCACUAGGAACUAAAUGCACUGUGUGAACAAUGCUUAGGGUGGGAGGAAAGAGUUGUUGACACUUUGCCUUGCUUCCUGCUGGGCAGUCUGUGCAGUGACUAGCUCUAAAGGGAUUUUUUUCUUUUUUUUUUUUUUUUUUUUUGCCUGUAACUUACCUUGGCCUAUAACCUACCUCUAGGUUUGGUGUCAUCUAUCUAGUAGCUUCUUACAAAACACAAAUGCUCCUCAGGCAUAAGGAGGACAUUGGGAGGUACUGUUGGUACAGUGCAGUAUUUAGGACCUUUCUUUAAAAUGCUUAAUGUGAAGCCGUUUUCUCAGAGGCUCUUUCAAGGUUCUUGAUGUAAUGUGCAUUACAGUAUAGUUAGACAUCAUUGUAACCUCUGUCAAGGGCAGCUGUGGCUUACAAAAGCCACUUUUGGUUUUUUUUUUCCUCUACAUCUGUCACUUAACUAUGGCUUAAUUGGAACAUAUCAGCUUUUGGUGUAGGCUCAUAUGCUAGAGAACUGUAAUAGUACAAGCAAACAGUCCAUGAGUUCUGGAGACUUCAUGAACCCACGGAAGUGGAGCUGCAGUGGUUCAGCAGCUGAACUCCUCGGUUCAUUUUCUAGGCUUCGUUCAGUUUUUCCUGUUAUAUUUUAUAUACUACGUGGAUCUUACUACAAAAUAAAAUAACAGUACAAAAGAGGAAAUGCUCCCUCCUGUGUGUUGUCUGCUCCUCCCACCAGCACUGGCUGAGGAAAGCAGGUGGAUGCAGCAGCUGUUUGAGACAGCACUGCAUUCUUGGUGACAGUGACCAAGGAAGACAUGGGGCCAGGGAGGGUCCUGUUAGAGCUCUAGGAUUUACACUCCCUAUACUCACUCCUAUUUUCUCUGCUGUUGAAAGAAACUUUGGUUUGUUGUAUGGCUGAUCAGGUGCAGGUGAUUGGUUCUGUUGAUAAGGAAGAGAUGCCUCCACAAAUGUAUGCUCAGGCACAUGGAAUUGCCUUCUGCUGCCUCUGGGAGCCCAGGGAGCAAAGGAAGGACAUGAGGCCACAGGUAUUUGCAGUGUUCCUCCGUUUGCUUAAGAGGCACAAGUGAAGAACCUUUCCAGGUAGCAACUAUACAGAGUCUAUACGUGGGACAUCCCCUUCCUAAACACUAAUCAGAUACUGAAAAUUCCUGCUUGUUCAUUCUGAUCUAGGACGUAUGUCAGAAGUAAUUCCGUGAGAGACUAAAAGAAGCCUUGGAAGCAAUGAUUCCCUCAGUUUAUAUAGCUGAACUUUCUGAUUCCUACAAAAUACUGAUUUAGUUUUUGCUCUUGAAUUUACAUGUUAAACCCUCACAUUUUUCCUUUGUUGACAACCAGUAAACCAACUAACUAUGCUAGGUUAUGUAGUUAUAUUAUCUUCAGUUUUUUCACUGUCUCUGGAAACAGUCAACCACUUAUGAUUUGCUGCUGGAAAUACUAGAGCUUAUCAAUCAUUAAACUGAUUUUAAUUAAAAGUAGCCCAUCGAGGCCGUUGUGGGAAAAGCUCUUUUUCUUUUGUAUUUAUUCAUGGUAUAACACAAACAGUGUUUGUACAUGCUGAUGAAAAUGCAAGGUUACUAAAAAUAGUUUUGAGGAGUGUUGGUAAAUGAAAACUCCCCUCAUAAAGGUGAACACUAAGCUCUUCUUUGCUUGGCUUGAAGCAUGGUAACCACCAUACUUCUGAAGCCCUUGUGCUUACUUGCUCAUUACUUAACUCUGCUGAUGUAUUUAAGAUACUGGUAAUGCUACUAACAUGUUAAAUAACUUAGCAGUGAUUGGAAAGUAGGGAAACGGAGCAGAAAGGAAAUGGAAAUGUCUCCUGGAUUGUAUGUGAGGGAGUCAAAGCUUGACCAGUGAAAAAGAAUUGGCAGAUGCGUGGGACAGCAAACACUGACCUUCCUGCCCUGGCUGCUAGUGCCCUAGUUUAUGGCUGGGAAACCUGAGUCUGGCUGGCUUCUCUGAGGCAGGAGAGAAGUCUGUAAAAACCUGCAAUUGUUUCAUAGUUUUCUCUGAAAGAAAUGCUUGUGUGUGAUGGAUGCCAGGGUUACAGCGCAGGCAGUGGGGCUGGGUGCAUGGAUUUCCCAUGCAGAGCUGGAAAAUAAAGUGAAUUUACAGCUGGGGAUGUUUGUAGGGUGGAAAGAGUUAAUACAAAAGGGGCAUUUAAUGCACAAUACAGACCUUGGGGUUUUUAUUUUUAGCUUUUGUUAUAUAGCAAUACUUGAAGAAUGCACAGGAAUGAUAAGGAUGAAUUUAGAACUGCUGUGGAAAUAUGUUGAUAACUUGCUCAUAUUUGUCAACUUUCCAUGGGAACUAGGAGUUGCUAUGAGCUCCCUUCUGCCAGGAUCUUCACAAAUAAUGUUUUGGAUUUGGUGUGUACAAAAUGAGCCCUGGAGGUCUUACAGCUGAUUUAAUUAGUGAGCAGUGGGUUGAUUGACCAGUGUACCUGUUAGCAGGAAGGAACUGAGGAAGCCAUAAAAGCACAGUAAAGCUGUACUAUAUAUGAGAUAAAUCAUGCCUCUACUGAGGAAGGUCUAGGAAAGAUCCUCCUGAGGUUCCUUGGAAUCAGAACCCUUGCAGAUGUGGGCAGUAGGAAUUUCCAGAGGGCUGAGCAAAGUGUCCCUUAGCUGAAGGUGAGUGAGCGAAUUCUUCCACUAGCGCUGAAGAUCAGUCUGCUCGUAUUAUUCAAAGGCAGUACUAGUUUGUUCAACAAAGUGAGUAGUCUUUAUUCUGGGGAUCCAGAUUUCACUAAUUAAAUGAUCCCUGUUUUGUACUUGAGCAAAUGAAGUGGUGCAGAAGAGAAGCAUAUCAGAACAGCAGCCAUAGCAGCUUCACAGAAGGGACAGCACAAGUGCAGGAAAUGGUUAUUUUCCUUUAACUGUUUUCCCAUUAAAUAAUUUUUUUAAUCCCUCCCUUUUAAAGACCAAUUUCCAGACACUGAAGAAUUUAAUGGAUUUAUCCAGAAACAUGAGGGCUGCAGUGUCAGUCAAGGAUUUGGGGAGCAAGACAAGACACUGUUUCUCAAAUGGGUAAUCUUGGUAUGUUUGGGUGGAAGCCUGGGUUGGUAUCUAGAGCAGGGUUAUUGGGGCUUUCAUUUCACAUCCACCACUGUUACUGUACAAGAAAAAACGGGCAUGUACAUCUUCCAGGGCCUUGGUUUGCCUUUAUUUCAGGAGUACUGCUCUACCUCCUCUAUGUGCUUUGCAAAUUAAUGAAUAGCAAACUGGAUGUUUCUUGAGAGAGCUACAUCUCUGUGCAGUUGGUAUAAAAAGCUACUUCUGUGUGAUAAAUGCAUAGUAUUUGGUGGGUUCUCUGUGCUGUUAAAUUCUCUCUCACUAAGCAACAGACCCCCGGCUUGCUCAGAUGCUGCUUUUUUGUCAACUCUUAUCUGUCAGAUUCUCACAUAUUAGACAGCAUCUCCUUGAAUUUUGCAUUGCAGGUAGAUUUUUGUAGCUAAGCUAAAUUAGUUUCCUCUUUGAAGUAAAAUAUCAACUGCUCAUUUGUGUUCUUCAAGUUGUUAGUGAUAUUUUUGUUAAAGUAUGAAUGCUAAGGCAAACAUAGAAACAAAAAACCUUAUUCCAAGGCCUUUUGACCUUUCAGUGCACAUAUCCCUGCUGAAUAAAAGAAGUUAUGCAACCUCAUGCACUUUCUUGCAACAUCCUUGUUGCAGCUAUAGUAACUGCUUAUGUCAAAAAGUAAUAUUAGAAAGUAUUUAAUGUAUUUUUAGAUUCUGUCUAAUGCAACUUAGCUGAUAAAGAAGAGCCAGUGCUGUGAGACCAGCUCUCUACAGACAUUGGAAGUGUGGCGCAAACAACAUUUUGAGAACAGCAGAUCUCAUUUUGAGGCCACGUACGAAGCUGGAAAUUUCCAAGCAAUGCAAAUUAUUGCCUGACAUAGGUAAGUGAAGAUGUAAAACCUCAGCAGAUGUCAGCAGGAUGCCAGACCUUUGCACACCAAUAGUGAAGUUCCCUGAAAAGCUUUCACUGAUCUCUGGCUUUUCUGCUGCCAACAGAGCAAGGCUUUCCCCCUCCUUUGCUUUCCCAAACUGAUGUCUGAGGUCAGCUGGACCAGCUUGCCCCAAAGCUACAGGAGCCCAUCUUGUUGCCUUUGCCUCACCACCUGCCACUGAGCUUGAAAUUUCUGGGAGAUUAAAUCCCCUAAGAGAGGCGUGUUUGCAGGCAGGCUGGGUGGGGAUGGCCAACAGCAAAGCAGCCUCACAGGCUGGACUGAGCUGGCCUUUGAGCCCUGCUGCUGCUGAGGCUUGGCAAGACACUGCAGGGCAGCUUGUGCUGCUGCUGCCAGGGUUAUACCGAGUUUGGGAAGAGGGGAGGAUUGGCCAUAUUGAAGCCUUGGGUGAUGAUGUCAUCAGAUCCUCUAACUUGCAGUUUGUUUCUAAAUUUUUUGUUGUGAAAUAGGGAUUCUGUCCAGUUCACUUUGCCUGCACCAUGGGCAGCCCAGCAUGCCCUCACUGCCCUCUGCCCCAGCCACCCCACUGCUCCACAGCUGCACAGCCUUCCCAGUCCUGCAUGUCUCUUUCUAGGUGAACAUGGAUUUACUGGGGCAAGCUGUUGAAGUUUUCAUGCUUCAUGCUGCAGGUUCUUGUUCACUGAAAAUCACUUUUAAAUUUACUGAGAUAUUUAAUAUGGGCUUUCCACUUCUGUGACAAGAUCUAGUUUCAGAUGGUUUCUGAUACAUGCUGUUGAAUUAAAAAUGACUCUAGUUUGCUUACAGCAUUGUUAUAAUCUCCAGGGAGUAACAAUGCAACUGAAUUCCUGCUCUGUUCAUUUUGAAACCUUUGCUCUAUUGCUGGAGACUUGGCCUGCUCUGUGAUUGACACUUGCAAUUAGUGACAUUUUGCAUGUUUCCGAAAGAAUGCAAAUACAGCCUAAAAUAAUUUUUACUUUGAAUAAGGAUUUCUCCUCCUGUAUGUCCUAAGUUUCCCAUAGCCUGCUUCCACAGUUUGACUGAAAGACAUCGGGUUUUCUCAUGAUUUCCUGAUGGAUAUUUGGGCAAUUUGCUGAGGCUUCCUUCUAUUUUGAUACAGAAGUGAUGUCAGUCUUCUAAAAAACAGGGAACGUGUUAUUUUCUAGUCUUUACCAUAUCACCUUUCAGCAGCAUGAUUUCAGUGUUGUUGUAAAUUAUUAACUUUUGAACACAGGGAUAUUAUUGCCUCUAACUCUUCUCCUGCCCUUUGAGUUACAGGGUUGCUUUCAUGUGCAGUGUGCACUGAGAAAUCAUGUUGGCCACUUGCAGCCCUGAAAUUGUAAUAGUUCAUCCCAUUACACGGUGAUUUUUCCAGCUCAGUUCUCCUGAGAACCUUGAAAUAGGUUUUCCAUAAAAAUAUUCCAGAUGCUCUUUUUUCUUUUAAAGGCUAUAGUCAGAUUUGAAGGGAUAAUCUAGCCAUUGUUUCUAGUGGAAUACAUGUUCUAUCCUGAUGAUUUUGUAAAUUAUAGGGGAUUUUUAUAGUGCAGUCUGGCUUGCUGAGAACCUGGUGAGUUCUUUGAACAAGCUGGCUUGUUCUUUGGCUACAAGCAGACAAACAUCAUUAGCAUCUUAACUGAUGGAAACUCUUCCACGAAAAAUGCACACAGUCUUACUGGUUUUAAUCUGCACAAGCACUUCAUGGAUUUGCAGUGAACUGUAAUAAGAGGUUUAGGUGUCUUAUACCUCCAUUUCCUCAAUGGCUCACAGUAGCAUCAUCAGGAAUGUACACUCAUUGUGUUUGCCUUUGUGUGACUACAGUUCUGUCAUCUUCCUUUCUCUAUAGCUCUUGUGGUAUUGUCUGAGAAACAGGACUACUGAAUGUGACUGCCAUCCCAGUGUGCUGGUACUUUCAAACUGCUCAGGUCCUCAUUUCAUUAUGGUUCAGGAUGGCCAGUAUUUGUUGGAAAAGAAAAAAAGAAAGUAGUAACUACUCAGAACAAGAAUUCACUUGCAUUGAAUUAUUAUGGUGAGCAAUUCUUUUUAUUAGUUUCUCUGUUGAGACAUUAAUUCUUGGAAUCUCUCAGAGGGAUGUCCUGGGUUCUGACAAUUAAUCUGCGUUAAAAUUUGUAUGAGAUGUGCCUUGGUUCGAUUUUUGCCCUUUUAUCUUAACACUUAGAUAAGCCAAGAUAAGAGAGAGGUGAUUAAAUACUUGUCCUCAAAUACUCCUGCCCUCGUAAGCAGCCCCAUGAAAAAUUACUGCAGGAGGAGUUACAUGCAUUGGUCUACUUGCACGAUAAAAACAAGCUUUAAUAGUUAUUCCUACCAUAUUUAAGCAAUCCUGUUAAAGCAGAAACAUUUGCAAGUUUUAUACUUGGAACGUCUCUCUGGUUUGAUAAAAGCAAAAUAAGACAGAUGUCAAGGAUGCCAAAGAGCAUUUUUCCUUUUCACCCCUCACUCUCUCCUCCAAGAGUGCAGCUUCUUGAUGUAUGUGCUGUUAUUUACUGUGCCCUAUUUAAUUCUGUAUCAUAGUUAAAAUUGUUUGCAAGGGUUCUGGCACAUUGAAAUGGGAUACCAGCCUUUUUUAGCAAACUCAAAGCAUUCAUCUGACUGACUGCUGAGGUACAAACAUGAACAACACAGAGACAUCUCUCACUGAGAUGUUGAGGAAAUAGCUGCUCAGGCCCUCCCAAGUGUCUGACUCACAGCACUCCACAAAAUCUCAAUCUUGUGAUUUAGCAAGGCAUAAAUAAGCCCAAGGUGGUUUUUUUAUAGGCUUAAUUGCACCCAAUGAAGCAGUGUCUUUUUGCUUGAGCAGGGAGUUGCUACACUGCUGCAAAGGCAAACCAGUGCCAGGAGAACAGGAAGGUUCCAGCAGAGCCAUGGAGUUCAUGGGACAAGCAGCAGGAGUGUGUGUGCACUUCCGUGGCAUUUGGUGGUGGGGUUUGCCUGUGCCGGUAAGACUGAUUGAUUGAUUCCCCGUUUGCCAUCACUGCUGACUCAAUAAAUGAGAUGAUCAAGAUGA